ACGAGGCAGCAUCAUCAUCCGCCACCUCUGCGCCAUGCUAGACGCUGAUAAAGUCCUCCGAGAACUCGCAUUCAUCCUGCAGAACGAGCGGGGCAGCAUCAUCAUCCGCCAUCUCUGCGCCAUGCUAGACGCUGAUAAAGUCCUCAGGGAGCUGGCCUUCAUUCUUCAGAACGAGUCUGACUGUCAGUUCGCCGCCACCAUCGUGCCCACGCUCUCCCUCAUCCUCCUCACCACUCCUCCCCUUUCGCCCGACUCCCUCCCCUUUCCCCAUCCUCACUCUGACAAGCUGCUAUUUUUUUUCCCACCCCUUCCUCUCUUCUCCACACACAGGCGUGGCAGCAUCAUUAUUCGGCACCUGUGUGCCAUGCUGGACGCUGAUAAAGUCCUCAGAGAGCUAGCCUUCAUUCUACAGAACGAGUCCGACUGUCAGUUCGCCGCCACUAUCGUGCCAACGCUCUCCCUCAUCCUCCUCACUGCCCCCGAGCUCGCCCCCAUCCGCUCCAAGCUCCUGAGCCUGUGCCUGCUGGCCCAGGCGUACGAGCAUGCGUGGUGCAUCGUGGACGCGUUAGAGGAGAGCGACCUGUCCCUCAGCCUCAUGGUGCAGGUGGGUGGGUGGAGAGAAGCGUCUAUGGACAAGCUAGUUCUCCUGCUUGAAACGCCCAUUUUCAGCCGAUUGAGACUGCAGUUGCUGGAUCCUUCCCGUUCUCCUGCUCUCCUGAAAGCACUCUACGGCCUGCUCAUGCUGCUGCCACAGCACGGAGUGGCCUUCAGAGUGCUACACACGCGCCUCUCCACCUUCCCCCCUUCCUUCAUGCUCCCCUUUUUCAUGGAGUGGCCUUUAGAGUGCUACACACGCACCUCUCCGCCGUCCCCUCGCCCUUCCCCUUUUGAUUCCCUCUUUCUCCCUACUGUUUCCCAUCCCUUCUCACCACUUCCCACCCCUUCCCACCCAUCCUCACAGCACGGAGUGGCCUUCAGAGUGCUACACACACGCCUCUCCACCGUCCCCUCGCCCUCCAUGCUCCACCCCACUCCUCCCCCCACCCCCUCCUUCCCACUCUACUCCACCUCCUCCUACCUGCCUCACCCAGCAAUCCCUCUAACCGCCUCCUUUGCACCUACCACACUCCCUCCACACCUCUCUUCCGCUCCUGCCUCUUUCUCCUCCAAGCCCUCCUCUCGCUCCUCCUCCCCUCCACCUCACUCCUCCCUCUACGGCCCACUCCCCCACUCCCACCUCCUCUCCUCUGCUUCAGCAUCAGUAUUGGGAUCUGCUUCGCAGCCCAUUUCCAUUCCAUCGCUCAGCAGUAAUGCUGGAGCAGCAGCAGGCACGGGAAGCAGCCAAGAGGAGCGCAUGGGAGCAGGACAAAGCCCAUCUGCUCCUUCCGCCACUCCCACUGCCACUGCCACUGCUGCUGUUCCAGCCAUUCCCUCAGCGGGUCCAGCGUUUCCCCUCGCUGCUGCUGCCAUGCGCAGUCCUGGGAUGGGUGGUGGUGAUGAUGGGCGGUUGGGGAGUGGGGUGGGCAGAGGGGGAGUGUCGCUGUCACAGCAUGGAGGUGGGGGGUUCUUUCAACCAUUACAGCAGGAGUAG